GGAGGGGGAGAAGAGGGAGGUGUUUCUGUCAGUUCCGGCUGUUUGUUCGGGAAGUGGAUCCGCCGCUGCCGAAGCAGCCCGGAGGGAGCUGCGGAUCGCGAGGCCAGCACCGACCCCGCCCGCCCGCGCGUGCCUCCCCCGCCCGCCAUGGCCCGGGACUACGACCACCUCUUCAAGCUGCUCAUCAUCGGCGACAGCGGUGUGGGCAAGAGCAGUUUACUGUUACGUUUUGCAGACAACACUUUCUCAGGCAGCUACAUCACCACGAUCGGAGUGGACUUCAAGAUUCGGACCGUGGAGAUCAACGGGGAGAAAGUGAAGCUGCAGAUCUGGGACACAGCUGGGCAGGAGCGCUUCCGAACCAUCACCUCCACGUAUUAUCGGGGGACCCACGGGGUCAUCGUGGUUUAUGACGUCACCAGUGCGGAGUCCUUUGUCAACGUUAAGCGGUGGCUUCAUGAAAUCAACCAAAACUGUGAUGAUGUGUGCCGAAUAUUAGUGGGGAAUAAGAAUGACGACCCUGAGCGGAAGGUGGUGGAGACAGAAGACGCCUACAAAUUCGCAGGGCAGAUGGGGAUCCAGUUGUUUGAGACCAGCGCCAAGGAGAAUGUCAAUGUGGAAGAGAUGUUCAACUGCAUCACAGAGCUGGUCCUCCGAGCCAAGAAAGACAACUUAGCCAAACAGCAGCAGCAGCAACAGAACGACGUGGUGAAGCUCACGAAGAACAGUAAACGAAAGAAACGCUGCUGCUAAUGCCCCCCAGCCCACUGCAGAGACUGCGCUGCGGCCACUCCCCGGCCCGAGGCCCCGCGGGACUCCUCGGGGACAGUCUCAGUUUCGUGCCGUUAUUUAAAGAAUUCUUUCCACGUUUUUGUAUCGGGAGGCGCCACCGUCGGCACUUCCUCCCCUCCCCCCUUGAGUGCCAAGAAGGUGUUGGAUGACCUGCCCUUCCCUUCUGGUGCCCCUGCCCCCUGGCCAAGGCACCUGGGCCCGGCGAGGACGCUGCGGGCCGAGCGGACUGAUUAACCAGAUCUGUACAUAAUGUAUAUUGCUUUAACCAGCCGCACCACCCUCGGCCUGCUCCGGCUUCCGCCUCCUUAAUGCCAGCCUGCUGCAGUAGACCCUCCCGUCCCCGCCCCUCCCCGCCCCACCGGGCAGCCAGCGGCUUCCUGAGGAGACAGGAUCGAGUUCUAGCCACGUUUUUUGCCAACCUGGGCCGGUGGAGCGGGUCUUCUGUGUUACUUGUUCUCCUCCAGGCCGUCGGCUUCUGUCCCUGGCACGUAGGGUCUCCCCUCUCUCUGGAGCCUGUGCCGUGUCUCUUCCCUGCCCAGCUCCCCCCCGCCCCCCCAUUCCUCCCCUGCCCCCGGAACCAUUCAGGCAGCUGGGGGAAACCCGGCCUCGAGGUAGGCCUGGGGGUUCUCAUUAGAGGCCUAGCCUUUUGGCUUACAGGAAGACUUGCUCCUGCCUUUUGGUCACCAGAUUUCUUGUCCUGCCUUCUAGAUGCCUCUGAACUACAAACCCAGGGAAACCAUGGCUUUUAAUUUAUACCAGCCUGUUUUAGUUCCAACAGAAAGGUAGGGGUGUGUUUGUGCAGGGCUGGGGGCUUGCAGGGGCACUACGGAGCGUUAUUUUAAUACAUAAAAUGAAGCCAAAUCAAAUGAAUUAAGUUCCUCACACUUUCUCUUCCUGAGGUUUGGUUGGCACAGCAGCAACUGUUGUGGCCUCCCCACUUUGGGUCCAGUGUUUUUAGAAAAACCGAAUGGCUUCCUGUCAUUGUGGGGCCGGGCUCUUGGCAGAGCAGCAUUGCCUUCCUGGCCGUUUCUUGGUGGGAAAGGAGAACGGGCCUCCCACCCUCGUCUGCAUCGGCCUGGGGCUUUCCACGGAGCUCUGGGGUCCCUGUUGCGGCCCCGGCACCUCUGAGUGAGGAGUGGGCGCCAGGCGCCGCGGGACUGUGGGGUGCCGCGUCAGAGGUGGAUGGCAGGCAGCCUUGGGUCAUGGACAGGACUGUUCUGGUCCAAAGGCAGCAGGAAGGUUUCUUAGCGGGUGCGAGGGAAUGGCAGCUGGGUCUGGGAGCCAGCCGGCUCUGACCCUGGUCCCUGGAGGAAAAAGCCAGGGUCAUCUGCACUUGAUUACUGUCCCCCUUGGGACACUUCAUCAUUCACCUUUCCCCUAAAAGGAUCACGUAGCCUGGGAGUAAUUUAUUUCAACACCAUGAUGUGUUUUGUUAGAUUUCCUUUCCUAGGUGAUUUCCAGGCAAAGCCCUGAUUGGACAAUCACAUCACAGAUCACACUGCAGAUUUUCCAUGUUAACACUGUUGGUGGGUUUUUAAUCAGUAAAAACUGGGGGUUUCUUCUGUCCUGUCUCUCUGCUUCCCCAGACUGCCAAGAGCCCAUGGUUGUCUGGGAGCAGGCCUUCACUGGGGCCACCUGAAGAGGUGGGGGAGCUCUGGGCCCAGGGACGUGGUGCUGUGGAGGGCGGCCGUGGGGCCAGCCAACAGGCAUCUUCUGACUGGUGGGGGGCCGGGAGGGAAAGUGUGGUCUCCAUCCUCAGGGCUGUGCGUGGUGACCUGAGGUCCUGGGCAGGAUGCAGAGAGCUCGAGACUCCUGGGCGGGCAGCGUACUCAAGUCUGAGUGUUCACGUGACAUCAGUGUGGCAGUGCUUGCAGAUUCGAGCAAUAAGGGGAAGGGGUCCUGGAGGUUUCCAGCCCGGGCUAGAAGCUGGCUAUGGCUCUGGCAACUGGACGUCCAGACCCAGGUGGUGGGGUGAUUGUGGUGACGACAGUGUGCCUGUCCCACUGAGUGUUACACGCAUGAAUGGGGGGUGGGGGUGGGGAGACUCACAGGGCUGGACUGACGUCCUGGUGGACCUGAUGUGAAAUUCCUGUUGAACAACAAAACUUUUAAAUGGUUUGCUAGGAUUAUUUCUGUAUUGAAAGUUUCUAAUUAUGCUUUUUAAAAAAAUACUAAAAAUAAAGGUUCAAGCUGCCAAA